CCUCCUCCUACUCUGCCUCUUCUUGUUGCUUCCGCUGCUGAUCACAGUGACGGCCUGGUAGCGCAGCAAGUCACAGGCGCGGAGACUCAAUCCAUUCAGAUCCAAGUGCCGCUGUCUCCUCCACCUCCAUACGCCACUCUACCUCCCGGCCUUUUCGAAGCCGGUCGAUCUCAGCUCGUCCCAACAGCGGUGAAUCCGUCCUGUUUUUCCCCAGCGCCUUCGGAUCUCAGCUCCACAACACUCUCAGCGACAGAGCCCCCGAUCGUAUCCUUACCUCCGCCCUACGUCAGUUCAGACUCGGCCGAGGCUAGCCAGGCUUUGGCCUAUGAUGACGUGGGUGCAUCACAUUCCAGAGACUUGGAUUCGCUUACAGCGACUCAAGAGUCGGAAAGCACUCACUCUUUUCCAGAAUCGGAGCCACGAAGUUCGUCUACCACUGACGCAAGUACUAUUGUGGUGCCAUUGACCGAAGCAAAUCCCGAUGUGGUGCAAGAUCCCGAUCCUGACGUCUUGGAUUCAUGUGUAACAACUCAAAGCACGGAAAGCACUCAACAACUGCAAGCGCCGAAGCCACGGACCGCGUCACCCACGGACGAAAGUAUUCUAGUAACGCAGUUGACCGAGACCAGCGUCGAAAGCUUGGUAUCAUGCUCCACAGAACUUGAAGAUCUUGCCGGGAUCAGUGGGAACCCGAACAAUGAACAUGACAAUUCAUCGCCCGAGAUACCCGCUGAAUUGGUUGCUGCCGAAGAAGAUGCUUGCGUGUCGCCAAGGGAGCAGCAGCAGCAGUCUAAUGAGGAAGAGCACUGCACAUUUGUUUGCAACAUCUGCGAGCAGGAAGCCAAGAAUGCACGAUGUGAUCAACAUGAUCAGGAAAUUUGUUCCUUCGAAACUAACUGUUGCGUGCAUACGCCAAGAUCAACAGGUUGUGCUUGUCCUCCUAGGAAAUCAUGUUGUUGUUUACAUUUCAUGUCGCAUUGUCAAUAUGGAAUAUCAGAGAUUGCAUCCGAGUCAGUCGCACCGAGUUCUUGCUCACCAAAGGACAUCGAAGAGACUAUUCAGGACAAAGCCCAUACGGCCGAGGAACAAGCCGAUCCGCCCGAAGAAUUAAGAACAACGGAUAGCCUGUCGACCUAUUUUCUCGGAAUCUACCGCGACCAAAUAUUGUGUGACUUCGGCAUUGAACUUUUGAGGAAAGGCGACUCUGAGUUUGCCUGUGCCUUGCUGGCACAUCGACUUAUAAUGAUGCGAAGCCCGUCACUUGCUGUCAUACUGAAAUUCCCUGCAUACAUGGAAGGGUAUAACCAAAUCAUCGCGGUCUUCGGUGAGAAAGUCGGCAUGAUGCAUGGUUUUGAGAUGGCUCUCAAAUAUCUGUAUGGUGCAUCACUCUUAGACGGACAACUUCUCCACCAGAAAACAAUUGAGUUACUGGGAUACACGGAGGCGACAUACGGCGAGCUCUCGUUUCCAUUUGGCAGCGCCAAGGCCGAGUUGGCAUACUCCUAUGCCGUGGCUGGAGCAUGUCUGCAAAUUCCGGACGUCAUCAAAGCUGGGAUUGAACUGACCAUCUCCAUGAUCAGCUGGGAGACCAUCGACGAGAUCCUGCAGUACAGUAUCCGGCCCGAAGACUACCUCAUCACCUUGAAAGCGUUUAUCAGCUUCGACCCCGAGGCGCCGUCGCUCGGGACGCCCACGGCCAGCACGCCCGGAGCACAGGAUUUCAAGAAACGUUGGGCUCCGCAAGUAGUCAGGGCCUGCCUGGAGUAUAUGGUUGACCACCUGCCACCCAAUUUUGAGUUUCACUGCAGCAACCCAAGGCGAAACAUGACCACCCCCCCUCCAACGGAUUCUGAGUACAUAUGGCCCGACUAUGAGGACUACACAGCCUCCUGGAUUCUGGCAUCUUUGCCGUACCCAUAUCUCCAGGAAGCUUUCGGACUCCUUCGGAACCGCGGCUUGCUGUCGAUCAAGAUGGCGCAUGCCGUCCUGCUCGAGCGAGAGGUCAACCGCCUCCAGGGGCUCUUGCUUUGGCUCAGGAGCGGGCACUCAACGUCGCAAGAGGAGAUGAUUCCCGAACUUGAGGCCUUGGGGUAUCAAGAAGCGUUGACUGUCAUUUCGAAAGAUCCAAGAACAGGCUCGCCAAACGUCGGCGUGGACAGGGUAUGGGUAGGCUUCAACGCUACUGCGUUGCCAGUUGUGCUCGAAUCCACCGCCUCUGGCAGCAACUGAUCUCAGUCCAUUGUCCACUCGGCCUGGUUUGCAUUUGGCUGCCUUCUGAAUUCGAUGGAACUCAUUGAGCCUCUGUCUUAGGAGUGAUUUUGGCUUGGACUUGAUGAGAUAGAGGUGAUGGAUCGGGUGUAAUUGGGCUGGAGAAACGCACAAGAGGCCGAGGGGAGAGCUGAAUUGGUUAACUGUUUACCACCGUGAAGUCUAG